UAGAUUUAUAGCCUCUCGUUUGUUUUUCUAGGAAUAUCACACUAUCUCACUUCUAUUCCUAUAUUUCCAUCUUCUUUCUAUGCUCUAUGUAGAUCUUGUUAGAAAAUUGGUAAGCAAGAGAAGUACGAAAACCAUCAUAGAAGCGAGGCAAGGAAUGGAAGAGUUAGUAUCCACCUACUGUGAUAGUAGUUGACAAGUUCAGUUUUGGAACGAGUCUCUACAUAACAACAUGAAGACGUCAACCCAUCCGGUGCUUAGCCGAGGGGCUGGAAGUCACAACCUUGAUACAAAAACUAUUCAUCAUCACCAACGCAAUCAUCAACAUCAACGUCAUCAUCCAGCAACCACAACCAAUCAUCAACAAAAUCAUUCGCAAAAUCAUCAUCAACAAAACCAUCAUCCCCAUCAUCAACUGCAACAACAACAACAACAAACUGCUCAACAAAACAACAGAGUAGUGAGGAACUACAAGUUGCUGGUUGACCCUGUGCUGACGAAAGGGUCGGCUAAGCUGUACAGGUAUGACGGCCAUGACCCGACACUCCCUCCAGUGCAGUUGCGGGACCCCAGAAGCAAAUUACCCAGGUAUCUCAACAGACUCGACUUUCUGGAGCUUCCUGUGCCUAGGUUCAAAAUUGACACAAACUAUGUGGGCAUUCCACCACCGUUGGAAGUGACCUUGGUCAAUCUAAAUGAUAACAUCGAUCACGCUUUUUUGAAAGAUAUGGCACAAAAAGUUGGUGGUGUUAUUGAUGAGUUGUUAGUGUACUAUCACCCGAUGAACAAGAAACAUUUGGGGUUGGCUAAGGUUCUUUUCGAGGACACGGAAUCCGCAAAAUUGUUUGUGGAAAAAUUUAACAAAACUUCUGUCAUGGGUAAGGUGCUUGAUGUUUUUUUGGACCCUUUUGGCAAAAAAUGUCACAAAAUGUAUGUGGAGUGCACUGAAGAGAAAGUGUUUCAAGUUAGAAAUAAUGAGAAGAAGGAUGAUAGGUUGAGGAACCAUCAUCAUUCCACCGGUGAGGAACGAGUUACUACUUCAUCAAGUAGUAAAAAUGAUACCUAUAUUGCUAAACCUGUCAUGAAUGGCGAUAAAAACUUACCAGUGAGUAAUUCGGAGCUGUGGAUGAAGAAAGAUAACACUCAAAAGAAUCAUUCCAGUUAUAGUUUGAAACAUGCUUCACAAACGCAUAGUGACUGCAAAGCUCAGUGUCCAUCUAGGGCUUCUACUUUGAAUAGCUGUGAUCAAGACUACUUAGUUGUAUCUAGUGCUAGUGAGUCGAGUAGUUAUGCAGGGUCUGACAGGUCCAACUAUACUCCCAAUAGCAAUAUGAGUUGCAGCACUCCUGCUUCAUUGCACCAGCCCUCGCCGACUACUUUCCCUCUACAAACAUACCUGCCGCCACCACCUCCUUUGCAUUACAACAAUGCGAUGUGCAACUCUUUGCCACCUCAAUGGAAUCCACCACCGCAUACCGUGGAAACCUACCAUCAUCCACCACCAUAUGUGAUUCACACUCAACCUAAAAUACCUCCACUUCAAGAUAAAGUAGAUUCGAAAGAGGUUGCUACCAAGAGUUUAGAUUUGGAUACGAGAAUUGAGAAUCUACUCAAGGAGAGUUCAAUGACUGGAAACGUUCCAUCGUUUUUGAAGAUCAUUAACAAUGAUUAUGAUGAGUCUAAGAAGUCUCUGGUGAAGGUGAAGAUGAAGGCUGACGGUAAAUCGAAACGUAAGAGGUCAUUUGAUUCUGAUGACUAUUUGCAGUAUUCUCCUCCGCCUGCACCCAUACACGAAUCUGCCAAUUCUCCGUUAUCGACUCCUCCCUCGCCGUUCAUCUCCAAAGACAUUUACUUGCAGUGCUUUCAAAGUGGGCUCGAGUUUGCUAAACGUGCCAGGAAACAAGAACUUUUGGAAACCAACCAGUUGCUCGGGUAUGAUGACAAAAUAUUUGGUUUAGAUGAAUCAUCAGAUGACAAAAUUGGAACCGGUUUGAAGGAAAAGGACAUCAAAAGUGAUCAUAAGUUACCAAAUUGUGAUAAUCAACCUCUAGUUAACCAACAGUGCCUGUCUGGUUCAUCCUCUGUCGCCAACACCACUGUUACUAAACUACCGCCAGUGUUGCCAUCUUAUGAUUUCGCCGUCAAAAAUACUAUGUCUUCCAAUUAUCCGUUGACUGUACAGAUUCCAGAUCCCUACUGGCAAACCCAUAAACCUCCUCUGACCUACUAUGAUCACAGUUUAGCCUAUACCAUGCCACCCGCUUUCCAUCUGCCACCUCCUCAUCCUCAUCAUCAUCCUCAUCAUCAUCAUCCUCCUCCUCCUCAUUUGAAUUUCCCGCCCGCUGCGGCGUUUCUGAGUCGUACUCUACCCCCGCCACCCCCUCCGCCUGAACCAGUCGUCGUCCGUCCUCCAGACCCGUUCAUGUUAACUAUCAACGCUGUCGUCGAUAAAUUAAUGGUCGAGCUAAAACAGAUCCUCAAAAAAGACAUCAACAAAAAGAUGAUUGAAAGCACUGCUUUCAAGGCAUUUGAGAUGUGGUGGGAUGAUCAGGUGUCUGUUUCCAAGGAAGGCGAAUCUGUUCAGGUUAAAGAUUCUAGUCAAUCAGCUGUGACACAUGAAACUGAAGGUACAACUACUGCAACAGCUACUACUUGUUCCAAAAGUAGUGAAACUAUAAUUACGGCAAUGCUUGAAACAAACGCACUGGACCCCAUUGCAAUGGGUGGCUUGGGUCUUGGAUUCAGGGCUGCAAUCCCUAAAAUGCCUUCAUUUAGGAGGAAGAUGAAGGCACCGUCACCUCCACCCAUGGAUGAGUCGUCGUUGGCAGAUGAAGUCAGUGAUCACGAUGAAGAAAUGGUGCUACAGUCAGAAUCCGACCUCCAGGACACAUCAGUUGACGUUUCUCAGUCGAAAAUUGAGUACAACGAAAGUGAAAUGCUGCCCUCCCGACGGUCUUCCACCUCCUCAGCAUCAUCUCCCUCGUCAUCCUCCUCCUCACAGUCAGAAGAUUCAUCGAGCAGUUCUGAUUCUUCUGAAGAAUCUGGCUGUGAGGAGGAUCAACCAGAAGAUGAUAAUCCACUGACAAUGAUCAGUAUUGAAGAGAUUGAAGACUACCUCGGAUGUAGGACGCCUGACGGCCAGUCUACACCGAUACCUGAGGAGUUGGACUCAUGGUUGGAUGAGACUCCCACUGAGACUGAUGAGGCUAAGACUGAUCUCGAGUUAGAUGCUGUUCCGAGUCCAAAUGAGGAGAAACCUGAAGAGAAUAUUGACAAUUGUGAGAAAGAGCAAGAAACCUGUUUGCCCGUUUUGAAAGUACAGUUAGAGAAGUUGAAAUUCAACGGAGCUGUGGUUGAUAUUAGGGAUAGUGCUGUAGAAUCUCACAAAAAAGAAUAUACCGAACUGAAGUUGGUUGAUGAAGUCAAUGAUGAUAAAUUGAAAGAAAUAUUCUUCAAUGAUCACAAAUAUGGUAAUGAACCUGCAGAGGUGAUGAAUGAUGAUGUUGAACCAACUAAGAAGACGAAAUUGACGGUAAAAGGAUCAUUCACAAAGCGUGACAUCAUUGAUGAAAUGAGAAUAAUGUACAGCUUCCUCACAGACGGUAUCGAUAGUGAGGAUAUUGGAUUUUUGAAGCGGAGCUACGAGGCACUGUUAGCAAACGAUCAAUUGAGCUACUGGUUCAAUGACACACAUUGGGUCGAUCAUCCAAUCACAGCUUUAACGUCGGUUAAGAAACGAAAACCGGAUGACGUUCCGGUGCAUCCCAGUGGCUGUGCGAGGGCUGAAGGCUACUACAAGUUGGAUGUCAAGCAGAAAGCGAAACAUAAGUACCAUUUUGGAAAAUCUAUACCCGUUGCGUCUAGUUUGAACCUCGACCAAGAACCAGGGCCUUUGAAGUGUUGUGGAACUAAGAAGCAGGCUAUCUCGAGGGAAGCGAGGAGUAACCAACGUAGAUUAUUGACAGCGUUUAGUACGUGUACUGACAGUGACCUGUUGAAGUUCAACGGAUUGAAAUUCAGGAAAAAGCAUCUGAAAUUCGCAAAGUCGGCCAUCCAUGACUGGGGCUUGUUUGCCAUGGAACCAAUAGCAGCAGACGAGAUGGUAAUUGAGUACGUAGGACAAAUGAUUCGUCCCGUUGUGGCAGAUGUAAGGGAGAGAUACUAUGAAGCAAUAGGAAUCGGCAGUUCAUACCUGUUCCGAAUAGACUCUGACACAAUCAUCGAUGCAACAAAGUGCGGCAAUCUAUCGAGGUUUAUCAAUCACAGUUGUAAUCCGAAUUGCUAUGCGAAGAUCAUCACAAUUGAGAAUCAGAAGAAGAUUGUAAUCUAUUCGAAGCAGGCGAUCAGUGUGAAUGAGGAGAUAACGUACGACUACAAGUUCCCUAUUGAGGAUCAGAAGAUUCCCUGCCUGUGUGGAGCCCAGGGAUGCCGUGGAACCCUCAACUAAGCGAUGAUGAGUGAUUGAAAACGACUUGUUUGGGGGUCAUAUAUUGGACCUAUUUUAAUAUCGAAAAGAAACAAAAAAAAGUGAGCGUGAAUUAUUUCCUGAUUGAUAUCAUCCAAAAUGUCCCUCGAAGCGAUUCAGUAUGAUAAUGGAAAAUUAAGAAUU